AUGGACUACCUUCCAGACGUCCUACUCUUGGGCAUCCGAGGCGCGAAAAGUGCAGUGCCUAACUUGGUGACUGAUCAUCAGGCGACAGCGACCUCAGGCGUGAACAACCCAAAGAUUACCCACGCUCUGGGCAAGUUGGCUCAAGCAGGGGUCGGCGACGAUGCCGUCAGCUCCGUGCUUGGCCUGCCUACCACCACAUCGACUCGCUAUCCGGCAAAGAUCACCCAUGCGGCCGAGAAAUUGAGCAACGCCGGGCUCAAUUCUGACAAUUCUCCUUCUCCAUCUGCAUCGGCGUCAUCCAGCAGCAGCCACGGUCUUGCCACAAAGUACAUCAUUAUAAUUGCUGUCGUCGGCGCCAUCGUCCUCCUCGCCCUCUUGACCGGUGGAUGUCUGUGCUGGAGACGGCAUCGGAGAAGAAGGGCGUACAAUGUGGUCAGCAGGGGCGUGGACACAAAGGGCAAAGGGCCUAUGCGGGAGAAAGAGGACAUGUUUAACGCCGACAUGGGAGAGUCGGAGAGUUUCAACGUGGAAGGUCAGAAGUUGACAGAACGCAACUUUGAGAGUGGAUAUGACAAAGUUGACACGGGCUAUGAAGGCACGGGUUAUGGAGGAGUAGAAGAACAUGGUGGCGAUAAGAGGGCGAGGCUCGAGGCUUGA